AUUUAUUUUUUUCCCCGUACUAGAAUAGAAGAGGCAUACAAAAAAAACAAAGAAAACAAGACGAAAUUCUUCCGGUUUUGCAAGAAUGUUCAAAGAAGGAGCAAGAGAAAACCCAAAGUUCUAGUUCUAGCACUAAUACCCCUAAAUCCUAAAACCCAAGAAAUUUGAAAAGAGAAAGAAAAAAAAGAAGAAGAAGUAAUUCAAUCUUCAAUAUGGAUUUGUUUAGGCAGGCUAUUUUGAACCCUGGACCACCUGAAGAUUUCGCUCUUCAAACUGUUCAAGAAGCUAUAAAACCUCAGUUGGGGUGAGGGAAUGUUCAAGUUUCAACAUAAGAACUUGCUCCCUGCUUUUAAUUUGGCCUUUUCCAGUGUUACAAGUGGACUACCUUUUUCCUUACAGUGUUUCCCAAAUAAGCAAACAAAACUAGUCCAAGAUGAGAAUCAGCUGUUGGAAAAUAUUCUCAGGUCACUACUUCAAGAACUGGUGGUUGCUGCAGUUCAGUCGGGCCAGAAAGUCAUGACGUAUGGUGUGUCAAUUGUUGAAGGUGAAUCAAGUCAGGGUCAGAUUCCCCGCCUUCUUGAUAUUGUUCUAUAUCUUUGUGAGAAAGAGCAUGUGGAAGGUGGCAUGAUAUUCCAACUUUUGGAAGAUUUGACAGAAAUGUCAACAAUGAGAAACUGUGAGGAUGUUUUCGGGUACAUAGAGAGCAAACAAGACAUAUUGGGGAAGCCAGAACUCUUCGCACGAGGAAAGCUUGUUAUGUUAAGGACGUGUAAUCAGUUGCUUCGUCGUCUAUCAAAGGCAAAUCAUGUUGUUUUCUGUGGGCGCAUUAUCAUGUUUCUUGCUCACUUCUUCCCCUUAUCUGAGCGUUCUGCUGUAAAUAUAAAGGGAGUUUUCAAUACAUCGAAUGAGACAAAAUAUGAGACAGAAGCUCCUGAGGGUAUUUCUAUUGAUUUCAACUUCUAUAGAACACUUUGGAGUCUACAGGAAUACUUCUGCAAUCCGCCAUCCCUGAUUAAUGCUCCUGGCAAGUGGCAUAAAUUUACAUCCAGUUUGAUGGUCGUGCUAAAUACUUUUGAGGCUCAACCUUUAAGUGAUGAAGAGGGAAAUGCUCAAAACCUUGAGGAUGACGCUGCAACCUUUAACAUAAAAUAUCUUACAAGCAGUAAACUUAUGGGUCUCGAGCUGAAAGAUCCUAGUUUCAGGCGCCACAUUUUGGUUCAGUGCCUCAUUCUGUUUGACUAUUUGAAGGCGCCGGGGAAAACUGAGAAGGAAUUGCCCUCUGAAGCAAUGAAGGAGGAAAUAAAGACUAGUGAAGAGCGGGUAAAGAAGCUUCUUCAAACGACUCCACCCAAAGGCACAGAUUUCCUCCAUAGUAUUGAGCACAUAUUGGAGCGUGAAAGGAAUUGGGUUUGGUGGAAACGUGAUGGCUGCCCCCCAUUUGAGAAGCAACUGGUAGAGAAAAAGCAGGUUCAAGGUGGAACCAAAAAACGUCGGCCACGAUGGAGGCUUGGAAACAAAGAACUCUCCCAAUUGUGGAGAUGGGCUGAUCAGUAUCCGAACGCUUUAACUGAUACUCAACGUGUGCGCACUCCCACUAUCACAGAUUACUGGAAACCUCUGGCAGAAGAUAUGGAUGAAGCUGCUGGAAUAGAAGCAGAAUACCAUCACAAAAAUAGCCGAGUCUAUUGUUGGAAAGGUUUGCGGUUUUCAGCCCGGCAAGACUUGGAGGGAUUUUCCAGAUUUACAGAACAUGGUAUUGAGGGGGUAGUGCCUCUGGAGCUAUUGCCUACUGAAGUACGGGCCAGAUAUCAAGCUAAACCAAGCGAAAGGACUAAGCGGACUAAGAAGGAGGAAACAAAACACUCAGCACAACAAGCAGAAGAAAAUCAGAUUGCAACACCACCAAAUGAGAUGGACAAUGAAGCGGGCCGAUCGGAUCCAGAAGCAUCAGCUGCUCCCAUGGACACAGAUGCAAGAAUUGCUACUGAUAACAUAUCUCAGGAAGGAACUCCGACUCCAGAGGAUAACCAGAAGCAAAGCUCUGAUACAGAUGUUGCUCAAGAAGCAGGGCAGAUGGAAGCAGACACAGAAGCAGAGACGGGGAUGAUUGAUGGAGAAACAGAUGCAGAAGUCGAUCUAGAUACGGUUGGCUGAUCCAACUGUGUAUCGGUUUGUGCACCAAGCCGGUGUAACUUAUGUCAACGAUCUACUUAAUAUGGACUGAAUUUGCACUAUGUAUCGUAUGCCGGUUGUUGAAGAAGCUUGAUAGCUAAAACAUCACACACUUUAGAAUUAAUUGUUCUUCCGUUGGCUGCAAACAGUUGCUGCUUAGAACUUAAUUUUUAGUCGAGGAAAUGGUUGCCAAAAGUUAAAUUAGCCGGAAAGGGAGGUGGUAUCGUUGCAAGCAACAACGGCGAGAUUGGAGAAUGGGUGGUGUUUAUUAAAUUGUGUCUGAUUACGUAAGUUCUAUUCCUUUUCGAAACUCCUCACUUGUGGGAUUACAUUGUGUAUGUUGUUGUAUUUCUUUUCGAAACACUAUCAUGAGAUAAUUGCAAAAUGCAUUUGGAUUGUGGGUCCUGCCUCCAACUUGAGGAACCAUGUUCAGUUCAAUGAAGAUCCAUGUAGUCGAUUUUAACUUA